AUGCCAAGAUUGCCGGGACCUCACGGCCCAAGAGGAGGUAUCACUGCAGCAGACUUGGCUUUGGAAGAAUCAGAAAAAUUAGCUUGUAGGACAUGCAUGGCUGAAUAUGAAAGAGAGAUUUUGGAAAGUUUGCAAGAAUUGGAGAGGGGGACUGGCAGUUCCAAACCUGGAAUUGAUCCUGUCAUGAUCGACAGUCAGCCUGAAUUGGAGUGGUAUAUGAGGCCUUAUUUAAUCGAUUUCUUGCUGGAAUUGCAUGCAUAUUUCAGAUUGAGACAGGAAACGUUGUUUUUGGCAUGCUCCAUCGUGGACCGGUACCUGUCAAAACGAAUGGUCCGGAAGGCCCACUAUCAGCUCACCGUUAGCACAGCGUUGUGGAUUGCAGCCAAAUACGAGGACAAAAAAAGUAGAACACCGCUUUUGAAAGAGCUCGUGCAUUUGUGUCGCGACGUUUACGAAGCCAAAAUGUUCGUGCAGAUGGAAAUGCAUAUCCUCAGCACGCUGGAUUGGUCAAUUGGGUCUGUAACAUCCGCCCACGAUUGUCUGGCCCGUUUUCUCGAAAUGGACUGCUUCGAAAAAGACCCAACGGUUCCGUCAAUCGCCCAUCUGGCGUCCUUUCUUUUGGAGCACUCAAUGUACGAGAGAAACUACCUUCAGCAUUCUUCCACAAUCCGAGCUCUUUCUGCGGCCCUGGUGGCAUCCAAGAUGAUGGAAAGUAGCAGUUUGGCAGACCAAAUUCAUAUCAGCAUGUUUCCAAGCACAGGGCCUUCAUGUCAAGGUGAUCUAGGGAAGAAAAAUGCGUUGACCGCAUUGACUUUCACCAGAGAAGCUCUGCAAGAAAUCAAAAAAUGCGGUUUACAGUUCGUUAAUGACAUCUUCAGGACAAAAAUGCUCCCGAAACCCUUUUCUGCCGUACUUCUUCAAAAAUAUCGUGGCUCUUUUGUCGAAUCAACCAUUGAUCGUUACUGCUCACAAUAUGUUAGUUUGUACACUUCCUUCUGUCAAUUGACGAAAGAUCUGAAAGUAAUUCACCAAGAAAAGCUCGACCUCACCUUAGAAAAUUCAUUGAGAAAUUCGUUGGCUUGA